UAAAUACAAAUGACGUUCCUGAAAGUUCUUUAUAAGCCCUAGUGGGAAUGUAGCCAUAGUGAGGUUGGAGUCAACGUAAGGUAACGAGGGGAAGGGAAGCUCUAAUUGCCACACAAACUUGGCACACCGGUCUUCAUCGCAUCUCGGGAGACACAGGAGCCAGGUGAGUAGCUAUUUCUCGGCAGGAACAGCUCCUCACCCUCUGCACUUUUUUCUUUUUUGUCGGAGGGAUUUAUCUGGUGAGCCGCUAGGCGCUCUUCCCCAGGUCACCUUUCCUUUAAAAGAGGCGGGCCGAAGCCCCGCCCACUACGGAGAGCGAAGGGGUCUAGUCGCGGAGCCCAUUUACUGCUCCCUCAGCCAGACCUUACCAAGUGCCGUCCCGUACGGGAAAGCUAAAGGCGUGGGACACUGCGCGGGUGAGGGGACCUGCCGUGGGAGGACGUGGUCAUAGGAACGUGCCUGCGGAGGAGGCGGCACUGCGUUCCGCCGCAUCCCUGGAAGGAUGGGACCCACCCCUCGUGAUUAUAUCUACUGAACCUUGUAUUCCUUGGAAUCCGGAAGCUGGCAUUCUCUGAAGAAGAGCUUUUCUUCAUCAGCUGGGGAUGAUUCCAGUUCUUCCUAAAAAGGAUGGCUGCUCUUUUUCUAAAGACAUUAACAUUACAAACCAUAAAGACUGAGAAUCAGUGCAUUAGAAGAUAUAUUGGUAUAUACAUCGUGCAAAAGACACAGUUGUCCCUUAUUGCUUCUGCCCCAAGACUGUCCCACCUAAUUCAUGCAAAAGCUUUUAGUACUGAGGACACCCAGGAUGCAAGAAAAAAGAGAAAAAAGAACGACACUGGUUUUAGUAACAUUGGAAGGAAAAUUAGUGAGCGGAUCAUUCGUGUAUUUGAUGAGAAGGGCAGUGAUUUGGGAAACAUGCACCGAGCUGACGUGAUUCGACUCAUGGACGAGCGAGACCUGCGACUUGUGAAAAGGAACAGCAGCGCGGAGCCUCCAGAGUUCCAGCUCAUGACAGGGACGCAGAUUCACGAAGAGCGACUGAGACUGAGAGAGAGGGAGAAGACUAGGCCUGCACCUGGACCGACUCUGACAAAGGAACUAACUUUUUCUUCAAAUAUCGGACAACAUGAUUUGGACACAAAGAGAAAACAGAUUCAGCAGUGGAUUGAGAAAAAAUACAAAGUUCAAAUUACCAUAAAGAAAGGGAAGAAUGUAGAAGAGCCAGAAAAUAAAGUGGAGGAGAUAUUUAAUCAAAUCCUCCAGACUAUGCCUGGAUUGGCUACCUUCUCAUCCAGCCCACAACCUGUUAAAGGAGGAAAAGCUGUAUUAUGUGUUCUUCGUCCUUUGAGCAAAAAGGAAGAGAUUGCAUAUAGGGAAACUCAAGGGACCCAGAAAGGAGACUCUUUGAACAAAGAAAAUGGAAACAGUAGAGAAUCAGAUGUCCUGCAUCAGUGAUUUAAUAAAGAAAAAUGUGCCUC